AAAAAAAAAAAAGGGUGGGAACCCCACCAGCCAAGUCUGCAGAAAAAACUAAAUGAAGUCUGCCUAUCUCGGGGCCGGAGCCCCUCCCCUCGGGCCGCGCCGAGGAGUGUGACACAGGUGCCGCUUCCUCCCGGCUGCUGAGGGCCAACCACCGUCCCCCGGGCCGCGCCCCGCACCGGUCGGCGAUGAGCAGCCCCCAGGUCACACCGCCGCCCCCGCCCCGCCAAGAGCCCGACCCCGGGAUGGCCUCGAGUGAGAUAGACAUCGCCGUCAUUGCAGGCGUGAUUGCGGCCGUGGCCUUCGUGCUGGUCUGCCUCCUCCUCCUCAUGCUGCACUACAUGUACCGGCACAAGGGCACGUACCACACCAACGAGGCCAAGGGCACGGAGUUUGCCGAGAGCGCCGACGCGGCCCUGCAGGACGACCCGUCCCUCCAGGACAACAGUGACAGCAGCAGAAAGGAGUACUUUAUCUGAAAGACUUUACCAGGACUCACCUCCCCCCAGCGCCUCCCCGUCCAGGAGAGAAAGCCCCACCCCCCCACCUGCAGUACCAGGCAGCCCGCGAGCGCCCCCCCGCACCCCAAGACACGCACCUCGCCUGGGACACUGGGUGCCGCCCAGUGGGGGAGGGAGUGAAGGAGGAACCCAGCUGGAGAGGCCUCUCCCGGGGACCCAGGCAAGCUCUGCCAGAGGGAAGAGAGGGAGGAGGUCGGCUCCUCCUGGGCCCUGCACGUUGCCACCUGCGUGCGGGGCAUGGAAGUCCUCGCUGGGUGUGAAUGGGGCUGUGGGCCUAGGAGCUGGGGAGCAAGGGGUGAGUCAUCAUCACGCCGACUGCGGAUAAAGACAUCAAAUGUCAGCCCUUGACAUUUGGGGGGAACAGCAGGUGCCGGAGCUCAAAGGCACCUUUGUCUCCCAUGGAUGCAGCUCUGAAUGAUUGGAAAUAAAUCCGAAACGUAAUGGAGCAUUCAGAGUCGAAUGACAUGACUGUGAUUGUUUAGGGAAAGAUAAAGGCUGCCCAGGGCUUA